GCACAGUCGCGUCGCGUCGCUCCUCUGAUCUCCGUGAACACUUCCUGGUCCAAAGUUGUAUGUAGCUACACAAAUCAAAGUCAUUUGAGCAUGAAGCCGGAUGGUGGACUCACAUCAGGGAAUUACACUUCAUCGGACUCGCACACAUUUAUCUAAACUGAGGGACAGAGAAGUUCAAUAUCGCUAUAAUUCAUCCCUGAUGCUUCGCAAACAUGAUACGAACUGAGGAACUUCAUUCAUGCAACGGGACGCUGAAGUCUCGUUCUGGCCAGAAGCAAACGGAAAACUACACCUUGAAAAAUGGAUAUCACAAAAAUGAAAAGGUGCAGAAAAAUGGAAACGGUUUUCAUCAGCCUCGAGUUAGGGGUGAAGAUUCAUUCGAGGAGGCCCCCAUGUAUGUGGCGGUCCUAACAUACAUGGGUUAUGGGAUUGUAAUACUUUUUGGAUAUUUCAGGGACUUCUUAAGAGCUGUUGGGUUAGAGAAGUGCCAUCAGGCCCAGGAGAGAGAAGAGCAGAAGGACUUUGUUCCCCUUUACCAAGAUUUUGAAAACUUCUACAAACGAAAUCUGUACAUGAGAGUCAGGGACAACUGGAAUCGGCCCAUAUGCAGUCUUCCCGGUCCGGUUUUUGACCUCAUGGAAAGGGUCUCGGAUGAUUACAACUGGACUUUCCGAUUAACUGGGAGAACCAUUGAGAACGUCAUAAACAUGGGCUCCUACAACUAUCUGGGUUUCGCUGAAAACAACGUUGACUUCCUUAAAACUGUGGCAGAGAAGACCAGACAAUACGGGGUGGGUGUCUGCAGCACAAGACAGGAACUAGGUAACUUCAGCAUUCAUGAGGAACUGGAGCAUCUCGUGGCUGACUUCUUGGGUGUGGAGUCUGCCAUGGCGUUUGGAAUGGGUUUCGCAACCAAUUCCAUGAACAUUCCAGCUCUAGUCGGAAAGGGCUGUCUGAUCCUGAGCGAUGAGCUAAAUCACACGUCCCUCAUUCUGGGAGCCAGGUUGUCAGGAGCAACCAUUCGAGUCUUCAAACACAACAACAUGCAGAGUCUAGAAAAGCUGCUGAAGGAAGCGAUUUGCUCCGGGCAGCCUCGUACCCAUCGCUCCUGGAAGAAGAUUCUUAUAAUGGUGGAGGGCAUUUACAGUAUGGAAGGCUCUCUCGUCAGGUUGCCAGAGAUCAUAGCGCUAAAGAAGAAGUACAAGGCUUAUCUAUACCUCGAUGAGGCCCACAGCAUUGGAGCCGUGGGGCCUACCGGUCGGGGAGUUACAGAACAUUUUGGGGUGGACCCUAAAGAAAUAGACGUUCUGAUGGGCACCUUCACCAAGAGUUUCGGGGCUACCGGCGGGUACAUUGCUGGCAAAAAGGAAUUGGUGGAUUAUCUGCGGUGUCACUCUCACAGUGCGGUUUACGCUACAGCCAUGUCGCCACCUGUCGUGGAGCAGAUCAUCAGGGCAAUCAAAUGCAUCAUGGGAGUCGAUGGAACCACAGAAGGCCAACGAAGAGUUCGACAGCUGGCUGAGAACACGCACUACUUCAGAUCUCGGCUGAAAGAGAUGGGCUUCAUCAUUUACGGCAACAAAGACUCUCCGGUGAUACCGCUCCUGCUAUAUCAACCAGGGAAAGUCGGAGCGUUCUCACGGGCCAUGUUGAAGAGGAAGAUCGGUGUGGUUGUUGUUGGUUUUCCAGCUACUACUAUUACAGAAGCCAGAGCUCGAUUCUGUGUGUCUGCUGCUCACACCAGAGACAUGCUCAACAAGGUACUUCAGAGCCUUGAUGAACUUGGAGACUACAUCAGGGUGAAAUUCUCCCGUCACAGACGCCCUUAUCGUCCAGAGCUGUACAAUGUAACAAACUUUGGGCUGGACAGUUGAUCGUUCACCCAGUGAGUGUGAUGCCUUGUCCACAUUGAGGGACCACCAAGGGCACCUUAGUGUGAAUGCCUUGGUUUUUAUUUUUUUAAAUAAAUCAUAAAAUAAAAUGUCUUGCCAUUCCAUGCAGGACCGUUCAGCUUUUCCAAAAACAGAAAAAAGUUUGCAGUGUUUCUAACAGCUUUUAAAGUUUGUCCUACCACGAGGCUUGGACAUUUAUAUGUGUAUAUAUUGUACAAUUCUAUUUAAUUGUUUAUUUUAACUGCUGUUUCAGAGUUUUGUGCAGUUUGAUAAAUAAUUUUCAUCUCAGGGGAUUGUGGGACAAAGGGAGGGUCGCGACGGCUGUGUUUAUAGAACGCAAAUCAAAAGCUGCUCUAAAUAUAUCAAACAAUUAACUCCCUUAACACUGACCUACAUCAAAACUCGAGCUGCGGAUAAGAAAGCCCUUGAAGUGACCCUGUUUUGUUGUUUUUGUUGUUUUUAUCCUGCUGCUGAGAUGGACUGAUGAAAGACCUUCAUUCUGUGCUGGAUGAUGUGUUUGUGUGAUCCACAAGUGCAUUGAUUGAAAGAUUGAACAAGGCUGGGUGUUACACACCCGGCGCAGCUCAUUCACAGUCAUUAAACAUUCAUACAUU